UGUGGCUAUUAUGACCGAGUAUAUCUUUCUUUCACAUAUUCCGUAAAAAAGAUAGAAUAUAAGGAUUGUGGAAUAUUAUGAUGAUCUUCCAUGCCUAGCAAUAAACACCUGGCCCAAACACACCAAAAAAAAAAAUCUUUAUUCACAACAAUACCCAAACAAGAACGAUAGCAAAAAUAAAUUUCAUAAUUACAUAACAUUACAGUAAUUAUUUCAUAAUUUCAUUGAUUAAGUUUGAAAUAAAAUUCUGAAAAUUAAGUUAGUGUAGAAAACCACGUGUAUUGAUACCUCAAAGUGCGUAGAACCUAAAGCGAUUGUGACAUGUUAUAUUCCCCUUCAACCCCCAAAAUAAACCCAACCUUCCUCUUUCUCUCUCUUUUUUUUUUUUUUAUCUCUCCUACAAAAAAAAAAACCCUGUUUCAGGCGAAAAUAAGAAGAGAGAGAAAAUCCCCAAAAAAAACAGAGCGAAUUCGAAUGUGUUUUUGUUGAUUAUAAGGUCAUGUCGUUUGCAUCGGAUCCUUCGCCAAAGUGGGUACCAUGAAUACCAAAUCCCCCUCUUUCUCUCUCCUCCCUUCUUCCACAUAAACAAAUCAUCAAUUCCAUUUUUAUUUUAAUUUAUUAUUUUCAAAAAAAGAAAAUUAAUAAUUUCGAAGAAAAUACACACCAAAUCAUGGGAAAUUCAGAUCAUAAACAACAAGACAAGGAAAAAGAAGAAAUUCAUGAAGAAGGGCAUUUAUGUAAAUUAGAGAAUGUUAUCAGCAAGAAAGGAGAACCGUUCGAUGAGGAAGUGAAGAUGAUUGAAAUCGACGGUGAUGAUGAGGGUUACAAGACGCCGACGAAGAAGGAACACCGUAUUGCGGUGGAUAUAAGACAGCCACCACCUGCACCAAAGAAACCUAAGGCGCAACUCAUGAAACGACGUCGUCCUUCUCGUCGGACUCUCUUUCAGGUUUCUACUGCUGAUAUUGAAUUGCUAUUUCCAGUCGUUGUUAAAGAGAGUGCAAAUAGUAAUGAUCCGGCUGCAAAUAUCAAUAAUAAAGUCAACAACUCUAAUUACACCUCUUCCCCUCUUAUGUCUCUUAGGUGAUCAACAUUAUUACCUCUUCUUAUUAACCCCUUUUUUUAAUUUUUAUUAAUCAUAUUAUUUCCACUAGUUUUAUCAUAUCUUAAAAUCAUGUAUUUUAUAUGAUCAUCGUAUAGUUUUAAUAUUAGCCCUUGUCUAAACUAAUACCACGAUUUAUCUAGUACAAUUUUAUUAAUUCAAUAAUUAUGCAUUAUUAUUGUUGUAUUUGUUUCAAUUCUUGUAAUUUAUAGAAUUAGUAAAGGCGGUCGUUGAUCGGGUUUUUGAUCCGUUGGCCGUAGUCGAAAGCCGAGCCGUAAAACACCGUGUAGGUGGAGGUGGAGGUGGGGUGAAAAGUGUAGAUCUGGGAAAUAUACAUGAAUCAUGUGUAUUGAAGUUGCUUGAGAAACAAGGGUGUAGUAAUCACAUUAUUCAUGUUCCUUUACACUUCAACAUCAUACAUGUUUAUUCAUAAGUUUUCUUCUUUAUCA